CUUUUAAGUAAUUCUUUUGGCAGAGAAGUUGGAAAAGCAAAAAGAUGAAUUAUUUAGUAACCAUCCAUGGUCGUUGGCUUCUCACAGCUUUUCUCGUUUUGACUGUUCACUUGUCCGAAUCUUCUCCAGUGCCUCAAGGAAAAAGGCUCCCGUUCCUGACUUCAGAUGUUAAAGAGGUCUCGAAAAAGUCUUUUGAUUUCAUUAUAGUUGGGGGAGGCACCGCAGGUUGUCCCCUGGCGGCAACUCUCUCAGAAAAGUACUCUGUGCUUGUAGUAGAACGAGGUGGUUCUCCUUACGAAAAUCCAUUAGUAUGGAAUCGGAUGUAUUAUGGUCUCGCGCUUCUUCAAACUGAUGAAUUUUCAUCAGCGGCUCAAAGGUUUACGUCCGAGGAAGGAGUUCCGAGUCAUAGAGGACGAGUUCUUGGAGGAUCUUCAGGGAUAAAUGCCGCCUUCUAUAGUAGAGCUAGCGAUGAUUUUGUUAAAAGAGUUGGGUGGGAUGAAGAAUUGGUGAAGGAAGCUUAUGAGUGGGUGGAGUCUAGAGUUGUUUUUAAACCCGAGCUUACCGCUUGGCAAUCUGCUCUUAAAUUUUGUUUGCUUGAAGCAGGAUUUCUUCCUUAUAAUGGGUUUAUCUGGGAACAUAUUGAGGGAACAAAGAUUGGUGGAACUAUCUAUGAUAAAAAUGGAACAAGGCAUACCUCAGCUGAUCUUCUGAGAGCAGGAAAUCCAGAAAAAAUCACAGUUCUUCUGAAUGCAACAGUAAAGAACAUCAUUUUCCAUGGCAAUGGAAAUGAAAGGAUAGCUCGUGGCAUUAGGUUCAUCAAGAGCGAUGGCAGCACCAAUCAAACUUAUGAAGCUUACCUCAAGGAACCUGAGGAUUCGAGCUUGAAGGGAGAAGUUAUAUUGUCAGCAGGAGCAUUAGGCAGCCCGCAAAUACUUAUGCUAAGUGGCAUAGGACCAGAAAAACAUCUUAAGGAUUUCGGCAUCCCACUCGUGCUGAACCUGAAAGGAGUCGGAAGAGAGAUGCAAGACAACCCUGCUAUUGCGUAUAUACCUGACUCAAAAGCCAAAUAUCAACUGUCGGAUACUCCUCAAGUCGCAGGCAUUGCAAAAGACUUCAAAUUCAUCAUAGAAGGCGGGAUUGUACCAAUAAACUCGAGUUCAACGUUGACAAGGACUCGAAUUUCCAUUAAGCUUGCAUUUCCGGAAUCGAAAGGGAUGCUGAAACUGAACAGCACAGAUCCUCGGCAGAAUCCUUCGGUCAAAUUCAACUAUCUAUCGAAUAAAAAAGACUUAGACAGUUGUGUCGAGAUGGCUCGGUUGCUGCAAAGGAUAUCGAGGACUAAAUCUGUCGUUAUGUUCUUGAAGAAUGGGGUUCCGAAUAAUCAGACAUCGAGUACCGAUAAGCUGAGAGAAUUCUGUAAGAAGAAUGUGAGAACCUUUUAUCACUAUCAUGGCGGUUGUACGGUCCGCUCGGUUGUCGACAGGGAUUACAAAGUGUAUGGAGUUGAGAACCUGAGGGUAAUUGAUGGAUCAACAUUGUUGGAAUCACCAGGCACAAAUCCUAUGGCUACUCUGUUAAUGCUUGGAAGGUAUCAAGGAAUCAAAAUUCUAAGAGAGAGGGAUAAUAUCUUUGUAUCUAAUAGUCAAAAACAACCUUAGCAAAUCCUUGCAUUUUCUGUUAGGGAAGUGGGAAAAUAAGAGUUGCCAUGAUUCCAAUUCACCACCCUGAUUUGGAAUGGGAAAGUAGGAGUCCUGCUCCUAUUAACAUAGGGACUGGGAAUGUAACAAAAGGUAUGAUUCAUGAAUAUUGAUAUAUAUAUUUCAUAAAAAAACUUUUUUAUUUUUCAUUAA